UUUUUCCUGUCAAGUCAAAGUGAAAGUAUCCUUUCAACUGUUUGAACAACUCAAUGUGGUGCUCGAUCAACAAGGAGAGAUAUCUACCGAUGAAACAUCAUGGGACUGAUCUUAAAGAUACUUAGUUACUUGUAUCUGUGUGCAGGUGUGCAGUGUGUCCACCAGGUGUCAUGGCUGCCAUGUCAGUUCACUGAUGAACAUGUGUCUGUGAAUAACGAGGGUCACACCGAGACUCAGCACAUCCUCAGAGAGGCUAUGCUGCAGUUUGGUCUAAUAGGAGACCCUCCUGUUAAUCCAUAUGCCAUCACUUUCCUGAUCACCGCGUCUAAGUUGGACCUGCGGCGGUACGUAGAGGGAGCGGAAGCAGAGCAGUUGGAGUGUGAGCUGCGUAGGUACAGCACAGAGGGCAUCUAUGUCCGCUGGCCAGUCCUGGGGGCCCGGGACUACAACCACUGGUUCAGCUGCACCCUCAGACACACCAAUGGCCUGUUCACAGUCACCGGCUUCCUCAGACACCCGUCUGACCAACCCGCCCCAGGACAGCAGGACUACCGCCGCUGGCCUGCCAUCGGGGACAGAGAGAUACUCACAACAACAGUUGCCAUGGUAAUUAAAACACAGUCUCCAUCGGUGAGAGCAGGCCUGGGCUCCGAACAAAAGCUCCACUGCCAGUUUGAUGUCGACCACAAAGGACCAAAAGUCACUGUGGAGUGGCACAUGCAGCAUCAUGGAGAGAGAACCAGACUCUUCAGUCACACCAGCCGCACAGGGCAGAGCCAGGGGACCGGGGUCGGGCUGAGGAGCCUAGCAGGCGGGGAUGCUUCCUACAGCCUCCCCUUCACCAAGAUGAGCAGUGAAGGGACGUACAUUUGUUCGGUGUCGGUGCUUCCUCUGUCCGUCAGUCUGGAUAUAGAGCUGCAUAUCGAAGAGCCUCCCCGUGUCUCCCUCAACGUUGGACCCACUCUCUCACUGCUGGUCGGCGGGGAGCAGAAGGUUGCUUGUGAGGCAGAGAGCUACUACCCUCUGGAUGUGGAGAUAGUUUGGUACGUGCAGGACCCGGCGGUGUCAGGCCAGAGGGUGGGCGCUCCUCUCCCCAUGGUGCUCCAGAACGUUCAACUGUCCAGCCACAAACACAACCAGGAUAAGACUUUCUCGCUGACGUCUUUCUUCUACUUCGAGGCUUCACUCAGGGACUCAGGGAAACAGUUCACAUGCAUCGUCUCCCAUCAGUCCCUGAGAAUGCCUAUCAGGAAGAGCUUCAUCCUGACUGUUGAGGAGCCAAUCAGCUGGACGUCUUACCUCACUGUUGGCUUCAUGGUGGUGGCACUGGUGGUCAUCCUGUGUGUGCGGCUGUGUAUACCUGCACUCAGCAAAAAAACAAAGUAACAAGAGGAAACCAUACUGAGCAGCCUUUGAAGACUGAGCAGACCGGCUCAGAACACCAGUGAAGACGGACUUCCCUCCUCCCUCCUUCAUUUUUGUUUUAGAAUGUCUCAGACGUUUGAUUUUUGUUUGUUUGUUUGAGGUGAAUUUGGGUUUCUAUGAAACUGAAUGUGUUGUUCAUGUUGCAUUGAUUUUGCUUUGACUUUGCUCAUGCUACAAAACUGGAAGUAAGUAAAUGAUUGGUCUUCUGGACGAACAUCAAUCCACACAUUAUUCAACUGGUGAAAAUGCAACAAUCACAGUUUAGAGUACUAGCGUAUUGGAGCAAUGUGUUUACGAGUGGCUCACUGUUUUGUUUAUAUCAUUGUGUGUGCGUGAUGAUGAUGAUGAUGCACAUGCACACAUGCAAGUGCACAGGCGACAUGGCACACACAUCCCUGCCGCGGGUUUCACACUAUUCCAAUGAUCUACAGGUGGUGGUAUAUACAAAUAUUUUUUAAAAUUGGAUUUGCUAAUGUUUUAUGAGGAAGCAAAUGCAUUCAACACAUUUGUUAAGGUGUUUUCAGACCAAACGUGAAAUAAACGUUAAUAAUAAUGAA